GACAAAAUAAUGCGUCACUUCUUCUAGCACAGCUCCCACCCUGUUGUCCCUUGUAUCAGCCCCCCUGAUUUUAUCGAUAACCACCUUGGCAUCCCCUUCAAACCUCACGCUAGUCAAGCCUUGGCCCAGACACCAAAGGAUCACCUCCGGGAGGACAAGUAAUUCCACCACGAGAGGGUCAUCAAUGACCGAAAAUUAAUCCCCUGUAGCCCAAAGGACGUCCCAAUUCGAGGACAUAAGCACCACUCCUCCCGCCGAAUGAGAUCCCCUCCGAGUAGCCCCAUCCCACCCACAGAUGACCACAGACGAAUCCACCUGGACAGGCUGGUGAUCCGCGGGGGUAGGGUUUUGGAGAGGCUUAUCAACCGGGAGCCUCACCCAUUCCACAUAGUGCUGCAUAAACGGGCGCAUCAAAGCAGUGAUCCCAUACUGUUUGCCUUCAAAAAUCACCCAAUUACGAGAUCGCCAGAUUUGCCAGCGGAUGGCCACUAUUGCCAGAAACAGCAUAGGCUGAUCGAUUAAAGCCAUCAAUUUUUUGAGAAAAAGAGAAAAUGUGUGACGCGAUAAUCCCUCCCCUACAUGUUCCAGCCCUGCCGACCCCUUGAGGGUUCGGGCCACCGGGCAAUCAAGGAACAAAUGUUCCAUAUUUAAGAACUAUCCCAGCAGACCGGACAUCGAGGAUGAACCAGGACCUUUCUAUUGAUUAGGGCUUCCGUCGUAGGUAGGAUCCGGUUGAAAACUUGCCAAACAAACACCUUUAAUUUUGGCGGUAUAUUUGCAUUCCACAGGCGAAUCCAACUGGUCUGAUCCUUCCAUCCUACCGUAGCUUUCCAUCGACCCUUUCUCAUAUCAAGAGAGACAACCAAAUGGUAAGCCGAUUUAACCGAGAAAUCCCCAUCAACCGUAUCAUGCCAAAUGAGCAUGUCCUCCACAUUCUCCGGCGGGAGUGGAAUGGCUUUUAUAAUGCGGCAAGUAACUGGGUCAAUCCAUUGCGUAGCUUCAGGUCACACCAGCGUCCAUUCCCCGGACAAAUCAACUCAGAACCGGAGGGUCACCCCCAGCCGGUAGAACCCUCGGAUUAUAUCGAAGGGGCUCAAACUGGUGUUGAGGAACCCAAGUAGAGCGAAGGAGGGAGGAAGGUAGAAGAAAGGGAAAAGUUGCUUUAAUUUUUUAUUGACAAAUCUAAACGUUUUCCACUAUGAGGAAGAUGUUAAAUGUUUCAAAGGGUUGAUUGAUUGUUGUAAAAGACUAAAUUGAGAAAAGGAGGCAUAAUUAGUUUAUUAUAAAUGAGAGAAGUAAAUCUCUAUCCUCUUAUAAUUUUCUCUUUGUAUUUUUUAUAUUUAUUUUAAAUAAAGUUUUUAUUCAAAUAAUUUAUAUGAAUGCAUCUAAUUAAUGGUAUUUUUGUUAAAUUUUAUAAAUAAUAAUAUAAUAUUAACGCUCUUUGCACUCUCUCAAUAUUGAGUUCUUUGAAAACACAAGCUCUCGCGUUCUCGAUGUUGCUUCCACACAACGUCAAUUACAAACAUCCGUAACCAAGACAAAUAGUCGAACCUCGACAGGACCCGAGGCGACAAACUCAGGGACUUUUUGGCCACUAAAUGAGCCACUCUGUUUCUCUGACGACCUACAAAUCACAGUUCACAAUUUCCACCGAAACCAACCAGCAAGGAUCUAAUCUCUCGCAAAAUAGAACCCACCUUUGAAUCCUUGUCAUCCCCAGCCAAGCACUUGUCCAAGAUCACUUUAGCAUCACCCGUAAUUAGCAGAGGAGUCAAACGCCUAAGAGCACACUCCCGUAAGCAAUCUCUUAGUGUCAAACUUUCCAAGACAUGAGCAUCCGCAAUCCCUGGAUAAAUUGUGCUCGUCGCGGCUAAUGGAGCUGCAUUCACAUCAUCAAAAGAACCUUCACAAAUUGCAAAAGAAGCAGCCCCGGAAUCACCACGCCUAGUUGCACCAUCAAAGCAAGCAUGAAAACGGGACGAUAAAAACUGUCGAGGAGCUGGGGCUGAAGCACAAACGUGCUGCUUAUCCCAUGAUUGAUACUCUGACCGUAAACCCACCAAGUUCUCGCUGUUGCUCUCACUCAACUAGUUACCUAAGGCCCAACCUGACUAACUUGGGCCUUUAGUUUUGAUCCACUUAAGCCCAAUCAGAACGCAAAAACAUCUUUUAACAGGCCAGCGGACUGGAAAAGGAAAAAAAAUGGAGAAUGGGAAGAAAAAGAAUAGACAAAAAAGGAGACGUGUUAGUCGGCGGAUCGGGUCGGGAAAACCGCCAUGUAGCUCGCCCAUUGACUCGCCCUCGAGAUCGUAGAUCGAUUUUUUCCUAUAAAUAUGAAAAAAAGCA